CUGCAGGGUGAUAUCAUGGCUGCGUCACUUGUGCAGCUGAAGGAGGAGGGGUGGGCUGGUUUAUACGAUGCAGCAGGCAGAGACAGGAGAGAGAACGAGUGAGGAACCUGCCCACGGAGAGGACAGAGAGGAAAAUAAUCAUGUCAGCCACCUGGAAGCAGCUCUUCUUUCAGAUCCAGCUGCUUCUUGUCUUCUGCAGACACAUCAAUACAAAGACACCUGGCCCAACGCCCCCACCGCUUGUUCCCAUCAAUCUCUUGCCAACAGAUGAACGAAGCGUUGUUCUUAAAGGUGAGAGUCACACUGAGAAAGUUGAACUACUGAACCCCGUCAAUCUAGCACUGGAGUGUACAUGGACCGGUAACCAGAACAAACUACCAAACAUAACUGCGUUCUGGACAAAAGAUGGGGAUGAAAUUGAGGACAGCCAUCUCACAGUGCAGUUGGAGAAUGAGCAGUAUAAUCUCAAGACAGUGUUCAACAUUGUUAGUGAAGAAAACCUUGGAAAUUACUCAUGCGUGUUUGGAAGUGAAGCAAAAAUAGACUUUGUUUUGGCAGCUCCACAGAUUGGUGAGAUGCGAGAUAAACCGAUAGUCAGCUAUGUGGCGGACUCUGUGGUGAUUGCAUGUAAAAUGGAAGAAACCAAACCGAAACCCAGCAGCUGGAAAUGGUUCAAAGCAAAUGGUACAGACAAGAUCUUCGCUGGUGCAGAAUCUACCCGAUAUAAAAUCACAAACGUGGAGUGGAAGACCAAACUGGAGGUGUUCAACCUGACAGAGGCUGACUCCGGCUUGUACUACUGUGGUGCGGUGUACCCCCUCAGCACCACGAUGGGCCACGUGGAGCUGAAGGUCAUCAGCUUCUUUGAGCCUCUGAAACCCUUCAUAGCCAUCGUGGUCGAAGUGAUCAUCCUGGUCGCCGCCAUCCUGCUCUACGAGAGAAGUCGGUCCAAGAAAGACAACACAGCAGAGAAUGCGAUGAACAACCAAACUAACACAGCGUCACAGGAAGAAAAUAACGGAUCAGAGGGAAGUUCUUCAAUGAGACAGCGGAAAGUUUAAAGACUGCAUAUGCAACAGAACCACUCUUCUUUAAAACUGUUGACGUAUUUAUUUUCUAAAUGUGAACGAGCUGAAAAGCAAUAUCUUAGCAACUAUUUUGUGUAUAUGAAAUCUAUUAUAAUCCAAAUAUUUUCACCAAACAAAGUGCAAUAACCACCACUUAACAAUCAUUCCUUUUGAUUCGUACAUAAGUAGCCUCUUUUAUGAAUGAGUUGUAUUUUUCACUCUGUUUCACUAGAAGAUAUGUUUUUUAUUUUUAAUCUGUGGUGUCAUGAUGGCUAAAACAGCAAAGCAUUAACCUGUUUUUUUAGUCUUUAACCCUGUAUCUCCUCACUUCUUUUGAAAAAAAAAACUUGUAUAAUCACUGUGCAUGACACUUCUCUGUCAAAAAGGAAGUGCAUUAUUUUAUUUUUGGCAAUAACUUAAACCUCAGCUCCUUCUGUGAUUUAUGCAUUAUGGUUUGUGAGCAGUGCCUUACACUUUUAAAAACACUUAAGUAGGCAUUCCUUCUAUUCUUGCAACAACUGUCACUUUUUAUAGUUUAUCUUGAAGCAACGUGUGCCUAAGACACAGUGUAUUACCUUAAUAACACAUAUAUAUCAAAAUAUAUCAUCAUGUAUGCAGAUGCUUGUUUGUUUAUCUUUUUCAUUUAAAUCUACCACAAGGGUCAGAUUUAAUCAUGACUUCAACUGUGUGUCUUUAGUUGUCAACUUGCGAACUCCACCUAUUUCACAGUCUGCUGGAAGGUCUUUGUGUCAACAGUACAUGGUAGCUGUAUAAAUCCUUGCAAGCUCCAGAGCAACGUUAUUAUCGUUAACGGAAAACUAGGUGUGAAAAACAUUUUCGUUAACUGAAAUAAACAUAAAAACAAAAAACGAUAA